AUGGGCCUAUCCCCACCGCAGAGGGUUGAUGUACGUGUCACACCCUUCUCCCAAACCGGAAUAUUCAUCCCCUUAUCCUCGAUACUCGCAACCAGAAUAAACAUUCACGCCUAUCUGCCCCUGAUUCGGCGAGUACUUGGCGCAGGUUUUGGCUUUGCCUCCCUCUUCAAGCCUGUCUAUAACAAGCGGACACCAACCAAGCCGCGCUUCCGGAUCUUUGUCUCCUAUCAAGGUCGGCAUCCACGAGUGAAACUAGGGAACACCGACUCGCCGUCGGAUUCACCAAGCCCAUCUGUGUCUCCAGCGAAGCGAACCUUCAUUCAAAUGACUCCUGAAGCAGGAGGAUCGGACUCUAAAGGCAAACAAAAAGCCUCGCCCAAAGAAUUUCUCAAAGAAGAACAUGGGGUGGAGGAUGAACCCCAAUCUGAACCGGCGGAGGAGGAAGACGACGAUAACUGUCCAAAAACGGGACGUGGCCGACCUCGUAAGGCGAUUCUCAAGGAUGCUGCGAAAAGGCUCAAGAAGUUAUGA